UGUAUCGCAGUCUUAUUUACUUCCGGUAAUAAUUUCCCGCUUUAUUUUUGCUUUUUGAUGACGACGGGCCCACAGUGCAACUAAGAACAGAAUAAAAUGAACAAGAAACCUUCAAGUCAAAAUGGAGUCCCACCAUCUAAGAAAGCAAGAUAUAAUUUUGAUGACGAAGAAGAUCCAUCAGCAUUUGAAGAAGAACUGGCCAUGCUGGAUGAAAUGGAAAGUGAAACACAUCAGGAUACAGAUGGUGGAAUGGGACCGCAAGAUGCAGAAGCAUGUGCUAAAUGGAAACGCCCACCACCACCUGAUUUGAAUAUUCAAAAGGAUAAGGUGGUCUUUCAGCAGAUUGAUGUGGAUCAUUAUAUAGGGAAACACAUGCCUAAGAUGCCAGGAGCGUCCAGUGGACCGGUGCCUAUAGUCAGAAUGUUUGGGGUCACAGAGGAUGGAAACAGUGUGUUAGCACACAUUCAUGGCUUCGCUCCAUAUUUCUUUGUUCCAGCACAAACUGGCUUUAAAGCAGAGAGUUGUAAUGCCUUUAGGACUGCCUUAGAUGAUGCAGUAAAGAAAGACAUGAGGUCAAACAGAGAAGGGAUACAGCAUGCUGUGUUAGGUGUGGAGCUAGUCACAAGGGAAAGUAUAUAUGGAUACCAUGGAAAUAGAAAACUGCCAUUUCUGAAGAUCACUGUUGCCAUUCAGCGACUGAUUGCUCCCUCCAAGCGACUGUUGGAGCAAGGGUUUACAUGUCCUGGUUACACCAAUCAUGGGUACCAGUCAUAUGAAAGUAAUAUAGAUUUUGAAAUCAGGUUUAUGGUUGACAGUAAUGUUGUUGGCUGCAGUUGGAUAGAAAUUCCUGCAGGAAAGUACCAUCUCCGUGAUAAAAGCCAUACCAACAAAGAAGAUGCUAAAAAUCCUCCACCCACAUCACGAUCUCAAAUAGAAUUAGAUGUAUCGUGGGAGGAGUUUAUUGCCCACCAGCCAGAAGGGGAGUGGUCAAAAGUUGCUCCCUUUAGAAUACUUAGUUUUGAUAUUGAAUGUGCAGGAAGGAAAGGUAUAUUUCCUGAGGCAGAAAAAGAUCCAGUUAUACAGAUAGCCAACAUGGUACAGAAACAAGGUGAAUCUGAACCAUUCAUCAGAAAUAUCUUCACACUCAACACAUGUGCUUCUGUAGUGGGCUCACAAGUGUUUUCACAUAAAAAGGAGUCUGAUUUGUUGAAGAAAUGGUCGGAGUUUGUACGAGCAGUAGAUCCAGACUUAAUAACAGGAUAUAAUAUACAGAACUUUGAUUUCCCCUACCUUAUAAACAGAGCUUUAACAUUAAAAGUGAAGGAAUUUCCAUAUCUGGGUAGAAUCAGUGGUAUCCAGUCUGUCAUCAAAGAGGCAAUGAUACAGAGCAAACAAAUGGGCAGAAGGGAAAAUAAAAUUAUAAAUAUAGAGGGAAGAGUGCAGUUUGACUUGUUACAGAUUUUAUUAAGAGAUUACAAGUUGAGAUCUUACACAUUGAAUGCGGUGUCAUUCCAUUUCUUACAAGAACAAAAAGAAGAUGUACAGCAUUCUAUCAUUACAGAUUUACAGAAUGGUACAGACCAGACAAGAAGACGUCUAGCAGUUUAUUGUUUAAAAGAUGCCAUUUUACCAUUACGUUUGCUGGGCAAAUUAAUGUGUGUUAUAAACUAUAUGGAAAUGGCAAGGGUAACUGGUGUGCCUCUGCCAUAUCUGCUAUCUCGUGGUCAACAGAUAAAAGUUAUUUCACAGUUACUGAGGAAGGCAAAAGAACAAGACUUAGUAUUACCAACCCAACGUGUUGACCCUGGUGAUGAGUAUGAAGGAGCAACAGUCAUAGAACCAAAUAAAGGGUAUUAUAAUAUGCCAAUAGCCACGUUAGAUUUCUCAUCUCUAUAUCCAUCCAUUAUGAUGGCUCACAAUUUAUGUUACACUACACUCCUCAACCAGAAUACCAUACAGAAAGAGGGAUUGACACCAGAUCAGUUUAUCAAGACGCCCUCAGGAAAUUUAUUUAUUAAGUCUACAAUGAGAAAAGGUUUAUUACCAGAAAUCCUAGAGCAUUUGCUCGGUGCGAGGAAACAAGCAAAAUCAGAUCUCAAGAAAGAAACCGAUCCAUUUAAAAAGCAGGUGUUAGAUGGUAGACAGCUGGCUCUGAAGAUCAGUGCUAACUCUGUGUAUGGGUUUACAGGAGCUCAAGUAGGAAAAUUGCCUUGUCUGGAAAUUUCACAGAGUGUAACAGCGUUUGGAAGGAUGAUGAUAGAACAGACUAAAUGCUAUGUAGAAGAGACAUACACAAUCGCUAAUGGUUACAAACAUGAUGCUAAGGUUAUUUAUGGUGACACAGAUUCUGUGAUGUGUAAGUUUGGCGUGGAAUCAGUGGAGGAUGCUAUGAAACUGGGACAGGAAGCUGCUGAAUUUAUUUCUCAAAAGUUUGUCAAACCAAUAAAAUUGGAAUUUGAAAAAGUAUAUUUCCCAUACUUAUUGAUCAAUAAGAAAAGAUAUGCCGGUUUGUAUUGGACGAAUCCAGUCAAGUAUGACAAGAUGGAUUGUAAAGGGAUAGAAACAGUCAGGCGUGACAACAGUCCUCUCGUAGCUAAUCUGAUCAACAUGUGUUUACAGAUGAUCUUAAUAGACAGGGACCCUGAUGGUGCUACAGAGUAUGCCAAGCAGACGAUAUCAGAUUUACUGUGUAACCGUAUAGAUAUAUCACAACUCGUCAUUACCAAAGAGUUGUCUAAAACAGAUGACGAAUAUGUAGGAAAACAGGCCCAUGUAGAACUAGCAAACAGGAUAAAGAAGCGAGAUCCAGGUAGUGCUCCACAGUUAGGAGACAGAGUACCAUAUGUUAUAAUAGCUGCUAGCAAGAAAACUCCUGCCUUCAUGAAAUCAGAGGAUCCUAUAUAUGUGUUAGAGAACAACAUUCCUAUAGACACAUCAUAUUACUUAGAUAAUCAGCUGUCUAAACCUUUACUCAGGAUAUUUGAACCAAUCUUAGGAGAGAAGAAAGCAGAAUCAGUACUUCUCAAGGGUGACCACACCAGAACAAAAACAUUUGUGACAUCUAAGGUUGGUGGACUGUCUGCCUUCACCAAGAAAAGAGAGACAUGUGUCGGUUGUAGAGCUGUUUUGGACAGAGAAGGUGCUGUGUGUAAUUACUGUAAAUCAAGAGAGUCCCAGAUAUAUCAGAAAGAGAUCUCACAUUUAAAUGUUUUAGAAGAGAAGUUUUCUCGUCUCUGGACACAGUGUCAAAGAUGCCAGGGGAGUCUACAUGAAGAUGUGCUUUGUACAAGUCGAGAUUGUCCAAUUUUCUACAUGAGGAAGAAAGUUCAGAAAGACUUAGAGGAUCAUGGCAAAUUAAUAGCUAGAUUUGGUGACCCAGAAUGGUGAAAAGACAAUAAUUCUACUUGCUAUCAAAGAAAUAAAUUUUGCAGCUCUAAAAUAGUAAUGCUCAUCUCUAAUUCUACAUCCUAUGAAUGAGGCAGCUUUAUAAUUUUACAUC